CGUAAACACGCUAUUCGCGCCACAGACCAGCUCGUGGAACGGAACUUUCAGCGCGCGCACACAGGGAUCUCCGCAUCAUGGACGUGCUGCUGCUCGCGCUCGCCGUCGCCGCGGCUCUCUACGGCGUCAUGUACCUGGUGUGUGUGAGGGCCACCUGGUGCAAGAGCAAGCGUACGCUCCACGGCAAGACAGUCAUCGUCACAGGAGGCAACGCUGGAAUUGGAAAGACCACGGCUGUGGACUUGGCACGCAGGGGCGCAAGGGUCAUCCUGGCCUGCCGCAAUAAACAGCGGGCCGAGGCAGCUGUCUGUGACAUCAUAAAGGAGAGCGGGAGCAACCAGGUGGUGUACAUGCAGCUGGACCUGGCGAGCCUGCAGUCGGUGCGCUCCUUUGCCGAGACCUUCCUGAAGCAGGAAUCGCGGCUGGACAUACUCAUCAACAACGCAGCACUUCACAUUCACGGGAGAACUGAGGAUGGCUUUGGAAUGAUAUUUGGUGUCAAUCACAUUGUCGAAAUCAAUAUGUCCCCAUCUAUAAAGACAGUCAGAGCAAUCAGGACGGAGCUUGCACGUUCUUCCCUCCCCAUCAUCAAGAUCCUGAAUCGUCCCAUAAUUUUUCUGUUCUUCAAGGACCCGGUGGCCGGUGCACAGACCACGUUGCACUGCGCCUUGCAGGAGGGCAUUGAGCCUCUGAGCGGUUGCUAUUUCGACAACUGCACUGUGAUGGAUUUGAAGGCCAAUGCACGGGAUGAUGCCACGGCCAAGAAGCUGUGGGAGAUUAGCGAGAGGUUCUGUGGCCUUGCUUGAGGCCUUAGAGAGACCAGCAGGGAGAUGGAGGCAAUUUGUUAUUCAGGGAAUCUACAUUUUUAAUGAUUUGGGUAUUGUAUGUGGUUAAUUUCUUUUCAACCAUAGCAGAAAAGGGUUGUGGAAUGCAAAUGCUUCUGUUAAUUAAACAGCAGUUAAUGCCAAAAAAGUGCAGGGAAUGUCAGACUUGCAGAUGGUGAUACCAAAACUGUAAUGACAUAGCUGUAAGCCAUAAUAUCCAGACACAGUUCUUUCACUAUUUAAUGUCUUAAUCCUUUAAGUCCAGGAGCAGACAUCAAGAAAAGUAUUUUUGUUAAAUGAAUUCAUAAACUGAAAUAAAGAU